AUGGCCCGCAAACUUCGAGCGGCUGCCCAAGCCGCAGCUCAAUCUAUGAGAAAUGCCGCACCUCCGCUUCCCGAUGCCUCUGACGAAGAGAUGAUUGAAGCGCCGCCGUCGCGCGGCUCUUCUCCUGCCAUGGAAGAUCCCGGGGAUGCGUCGGAUAAAGACCCUGAUAUGGUAGGCCCAACAGAGCCUGCUCAGGAAGACGAGGAAGCCGCCACACCUGCACAAGAUUCCAACGCGCCAUCACGAGGCGAGACUCCAACGCGCACUGGUGGUCGCAUGUCAGCUAUCCCGCGAAAGCGUCGCAUAGGUCGCCCCCCAAAGAAUCGUCCCCCAGAUUGGGAUGCGCCGGACGACGGAUCCGCGCCGCCCAUCCAUGUGAGCACGCCAGUCAAGAGAAGACGAGGACGGCCUGCUGCCAGUGGUGGACGUUGGGCGCGUAAUCGGGGACCGUCGCAUGUCACGCAGGUUCCAAUUGAUAAGGAAGGAAACAUGAUGGAUGUCAUCGAUGAUGAAGUAGCCCUGCCCGACGAUCCGGAGGGUGAAACCAAGGUCGACAAGUGUGGAAAUUUACUGGGUGGCCGAGAUUACAGGGUCCGUGUGUUCACACUCCUCAACCGUGGCGAUCGGAAGUACAUGUUGUCCACCGAGCCGGCUCGCUGCAUUGGCUUUAGGGAUUCGUACCUGUUCUUUCAGAAACACAAGUUUCUGUAUAAGAUCAUCAUCGACGACGACGCCAAGCGCGACUUGAUUGAAAGAGAGAUCAUUCCCCACUCGUACAAAGGUCGAGCUAUCGGUGUGGUCACCGCCAGGUCCGUAUUCCGCGAAUUCGGCGCCAAAAUCAUUGUCGGGGGAAGAAAGGUCAUCGACGAUUAUCAUACCCAGGCAGCAAGAGAACGGGGAGAUGUGGAGGGUGAGCUUGCGGUUCCCGAGGAUAGACUCCCUCCCCCGGGAGAACCCUAUAACAAGAACCAGUAUGUUGCCUGGCAUGGAGCCAGUAGCGUCUACCACACUACCACACCCGCAGCCCCCUUACCCACUGGUAAGGUUGUGGAUUCAAAGAAGCGCAAGGUCACAGUUACGGGCGACAAUUGGAUGCUUGAGCACGCUCGCGAGGCAAGCAACUUCAACAGCCUUAUUUCUCAGGCUCGUCGCAUGAACCUCGAAGGCCAAUAUGACAUCCACACCAACAUCAUGCAGUACCCGAAGAUUAUGCAGCCCUCUCAUGCUCGCUGGGAGCGUGUACCGCCUCCUGACCCGCGUCUUGCGAGUCGACUGGCGCAGGGCAUGUCGACACUUAGAUUGACGAAUGGCCAAGACACCAGUGAGCCAACCGUUCCGGCCGAGCAGCCAGUCGAUGAAUCGAUGAAAGAAGUUAGCGACGCGGCAACAGCAGCCGAGCCCACCGACCCCGAACCGACCACCAUUUUCUCCACCGUCCCCAUGGCCUUGUCGCGUCGUUUUGCCAUUCACGAUGUUCGUUACGAGGCUGCUCCGUAUUCGAACCUCGGCAUACCCGGUCCGGACGGAGACGUGCACGACGUCGGCUCCAAUGGAUUCCUCAGCGUUGCCGAUCCAACGCAUGCCGAGUUCAUGAGCCCCGAAAUCCUCGCGGAACUCCCCUCUGAUUGCCAGGAAGCUCUUCUUGACGCUGCCGCCAGUGAGUUGCAGUGGAAAAUGAAAUGGGGCAGCGAGGCCACCGACGGAGCUCGUAGCAAUCCGCUCAAGAGCUAUGCCUGGUUCCCUUGA